AUUGGUCAUUCUUACAUGCUUCUGUCUUUGUGUGUCUCUAGGUGAUGAGUAUUUUGAGUAACCCCAGUGCCGUCCCAUCCCAGCCACAGCACGAUUUCUCCAUCUCUCCUCUCCAUGGCAGUCUGGAGGCGUCUAACCCCAUCUCAGCGAGCUGCAGUCAGCGUUCAGACCCCAUCAAGAGCGUGGACAGUCUGGCGUCCUCUCAGUCCUACUGUCCCCCCACAUACAGCGCCACCAGCUACAGCGUGGACCCUGUUACUGCUGGAUACCAGUACAGCCAGUACGGCCAGACUGCUGUGGACUAUCUGGCCAAGAACGUGAGUCUGUCAACCCAGAGAAGGAUGAAGCUGGGCGAUCAUUCAGCAGUGCUGGGACUCCUGCAGGUGGAGACGGGACAGGCUUACUGAGUCUGAGCACCUCAAACACACCUUCACACGCUCUCAGAUGCACAAACACCUCCUCCGUCCAGCUGGAGCUCCUUGGCAUGAGCGUGAGAUUAACUCUGAUUCUCAAGACAAGAAACCCUUGCCAUUCCAUUUGACGUGACCUCUUCGUGAUUCUGGGCUUGUCUUGUACCUCUAACUCGGACAAGAGGACCAUGCAACGGCUGCAGACACGUCGACGGACGCAAGGAAGCAUUCCGAGCCAUUUCCAAAACGUACUUUCACCUCGCUGUGCAUAGUCGUGUAUGAAUCUCAGUGUCAUUACAAUGGAUAAUCUCGCUUGUUUUCUAUCGAUAUUGUUAUUACGAUUGCCCUUACAGUUGUUGUAAUUAUGAUUAUUGUAACUAUUGUUUCGUUUCGUUGUUUCAAGAUCCACACGUAGCAUUUUUUACUAAUUGAAAAACCGUCAUUUUUUUACGCGGAAUGCUAGUAGGCUAAAACGAACAGGGAAUCGAGUGUGUAUGUGUGUGUGUGUGUGUGUGUGUGUGUUGAAAGUGUGACUGCUGGUUUUUCACUUUUCACCUGUAAUGUUCCUGAGCGAUUUGACCUUCUCUGCCUUCAUAUUUCACUUGACAUUCCAUGCGAAUUUGGCCACUCUGUGGGAAGUCUAUCUUUCUGCUGGGAAUUAGCAUUGCUUUUAGAGGAUCAGCGAUUUUUUUUUUUCUCGCUCAAAUUCCUGUUUUGUUCUCGGCAGUCAUCUGGGGGAAAGAAAACAACACUGAUACCGGAUUUGGAACGUUUUGUCUAAAUUUUUUUUUAUUUUACGUUCUAGAGUAAAACAACGCUUUGCCCUCAAACUAGACAAAAAUGUAUACUUUUAAACAUUUAUAUUAUGAUUUUUAGUCAAGAAAUGCAAACUUUCCAUAGGCCUAUAGAUUAUACCGUUUUUCUUUUUAUUAACUAAGUAAAAUGCACAAGUCGAUUUUAGACCAAGAACUGCAGUGUUAAAAAGUUUGAUACAUAUUUUUAAAAAUGAUAUCUUUGAUCAACAAUACAGUUAAAAAGUGAUUUCUAUUUGAAUAUAUCAUGUGUCAAGCGAUCCUUCAGAAAUCAUUAUGAUAUGCUAAUUUUGGCCAUAUAUAAAAUUAAAAAUAAAAUAAACAUUUGUAAUUAUCAGUCUCAAAAACAGUUGUGCUCCUGAAUAUUUUCUUUGAAUCCUGAAUGUAAAUCAUUCUUCAUAACCUUAUAAAAGUUUUUUUAACAGUCAAUUUUAAUGAGUUUAUUGAAUCUUUGAUGAAUAAAAUAAUACAUUUAUUUAAAAAAAAAUCUAACUGGCCCUAUACUUUUGACACUUUAUAAUAAUUUUGACAACAUUCCACCUAUUUCCUAUUAUAAAAGUGAUUAAAUUAUCCAUCUCAACCGCUUUCUUACAUUCCCAUUUCACUUUCUCCUUUUUAUGUUACGAACGGAUACAAAUUUACACAUGCCAGGGCUCCUGUAAUUAAGAUCUCAUGCAUUCACAGGUUUGUAAAAAAAAAAAAAAACAGUUGUGAAAUUUCGACAUUUGUGUAGCACUCACAGGUGACAUUUUGACACAUAAAUGGAACUGUACAGUAGAUGGAGCAGAUCGUUUAUUGUUUGUUUAUAAAGAAUAUGUUUUAUACUAAAACAGAAAAGGUGUUGUGUGGUAGAUGAAGCAGGGGAUAUGUGUAAGUCUUAUAUUGUAAUUUUGUGUUUAUAUUUACUGCUUUUGUUUCUUUGCUUUCGAUAGAUAUUAUGUAUAAUUUUUCUUAGGAUUCAACGUAAGAAGCUCUUGAUAAAAGACAGUCGCACUUAAAACUGACUGAGAGGUGAAUCGUUUGCUUAUGAUUCCUAGCUUCAAAUCUGUGGAUCCAUAAUGAAGAUAAAAUAUUGACAUUCAUAACAUGUGGAGGUGACCGAUGGCUCAUGUAAUGGACUGUGGGAAACACAGCAGUGUUUGGUGCUAACUGACUGCUUCUGACUCUCAACGAAUUCCUCAAAGAAUCUUUGAGCAAACGUUUUAUUGGGUGCAUUUAAGGGGAAAUUAACUCUUCGAGGAACCACUUGACGAAACCCCACCCAUUUCCCUUUCAACUGUCAAUAACUUCAAUGAAUGAGCAAUGAAAAGACUUCUAGUAUAGAAUAUCCAUGGCUAACACCUUUGUUAAUCAACAUUUGAUAUUAAAAAUAUUAGCCAUCAUGCCCCUCUGGACGCCAAAUUGGGCACCUGCUUUCGUUAGCAUUUGUGUUUUUGCUUUCCUCCCAUUUCCUUUCAGCAUGUGUGUACGUUACCAUGGUAUAAUUUAUUCUGCUGUAUGAAGUAGUAGCUUUAGUGGGAACCUUGUAUUUGGUAUUUACUACCUUCAGCCUGUUGGUGUCUUUACUGUAACACUGGCGUAAAUGUUAUCAAUUAAAGAUCUAAAACUGACAUAAGGAUCAAA